CAUUAUGCUUCAGAGAAAGAAAUCAUCGGUGGGUUGUCGACUUUGCUAGCAUUUCGCAAUUGCGCAUGAAGCUUUCAUCCCCAAGCUCCCUCUUCUUCCCCUUCCAUGCUCAAACUGCGGAGCAUCAGACGAAUACAGAAAAUCAGGUCGUCUUUCUCUGCUCUGAGAUUUCACUCUACUCACGCACUCGAACUUCCGCUCCAUCAAGAAGCCGACAAGCAUAUACCUGAACAACCCCUAACCCAAUCCCAGAUCAAGACCCUAGUUCUCAACAACUACGCUCACGGUAAGUUCCUCAACCUCGUAACCAAUGUCGUCGCUUUGCCCACCGUCCUCCUCACCGCCUGCCACAACCUCACUACCCCGCCUGCCGACCGUGCUCCCGACGCGCCUUCUUCAGCUUCCCUUGUUGAAUCAAUCUCCAGGCGAUUCUCCAUCGAAGAGAUGGCUCGAGAGCUUUGCGAUAAUAGGUUCGAUGUCGGAGCUUGCUGUGUCACAUUACUGCCUCUGAGGAAGAACGGGGAGCCUUUGGUUUUGCCAAAUUUGAAAUUGAAGGUGUUGAUUGAGGCUAUUAGGAUGGUGUUGGAAGUGGUGUAUGAUGAACGGUUCGUGACCUUCGCCUACGGCGGCCGUGUCGGAAUGGGACGGCACACGGCUAUAAGGUACCUGAAAAACUCGGUGCAUAAUCCCACCUGGUGGUUUACUGUUGGCUUUAAUCGCCAGAAGUUUGAUCAAAGUCAUGUAGAUAAGUUAUGCUUGUUUAUUGAACAUAAGGUAGAGGACAGUAUUCUGGUUGAAUUGAUGAAGAGGUUGUUUGAAUAUCAAGCUCUGGAAAUUGAACUGGGCGGGGCUUACCUAGGAAGGGGGUUUCCUCAGGAAUGUGGGCUGUGUACUAUUUUGGUAAAUAUUUACUUUGAUGGCUUUGAUAAAGAAAUUCAACGCAUACGACUUACGGAAAGUCAAGAGAAUCCUAAAUUGGAUCCCAAGCUAAUUGUUUCUACAUCUGAUGUAUUCUACAAGCCAGUGAAGAUAUAUGCAGUGAGGUACUUGGAUGAGAUAAUUAUUAUAACAUCUGGCUCUAAGAUGUUUACAAUGGACUUAAUGAAACAAGUUACGAAGCAUUUGGAACUCCAUUUGGAGUUACAGGUUAAUAAAUUGAAUACGGCUAUUCAUAGUGCAGUGUCAGAGAAGAUUAAUUUUCUUGGAAUGGAAUUACAGGCAGUUCCACCUUCUGUUUUGCACCCUCCAAUGUCGGAGAAAGCAAUCCGUGCACGGAAGAAGUACCUUAGACAGAAGGAAGUUAGAGCUCUUGAAUUGAAAAAUGCUAGAGAAAGAAACAGAAAGAAAUUGGGGCUGAAGAUAUUUUGUCAUGUUUAUAAGAAGCUGAAGCGAAGUAAUGACUUUAAAUUUGAAUUUAAUAUUGAAAAUGAAGUCAGAGAAAUUUUUAAAUCUUGGGCUGAUGAAAUAGUGCAAGAGUUCUUGGGGAACAUAGAGGAGUGUCGAGAAUGGCAUCGAAAGCUGUCAGCUGGUGAUUUUCUUUCUUUAAACCACAUCAGGAAUCAACUACCGCCAAAGCUUGUUGAUUCAUAUGAUCAGUUUCAAGCCCAGGUAGACAAAAUUUUGAAUCCUAGAAAAGCUAUCAGGGCAAUAGAGGAAGAAGAAAGGAGGGCAAAGGAGGAAGAAGAACAAAAGUAUGCUAGGAGAACAGUUGAAGAUUUGACCAGGCUCUGUAUGAAAGUUGAUGCACCAAUAGUGGCCAUUAGGAAGGCUGUAAAAAUGGUUGGGUUCACAAACCAUAUGGGUCGUCCAAGACCAAUAGAAUUCCUCGUGGCUCUCGAGGAUGCUGAUAUUAUCAAGUGGUAUGCUGGCAUAGCAAGAAGGUGGCUUGAUUUCUUCUGCUGCUGCCAUAACUUCAUGACGGUCAAAACUAUUGUAACUUAUCAUUUGAGGUUUUCUUGUAUCUUGACGCUAGCGGAGAAGCAUGAAUCCACUAAACGCGAAGCCAUUAAGCAUUACAGCAAAGAUUUGAAAGUCUAUGAAAUAAAUGGGAACGAAGAAGUGAAUUUUCCCACUGAAAGGGAGGUGAAGAUGAUGGGAGAUAGAAAUCUCUCAGACCCAAAACCUGUUGAUGGAGCUUUAUCUUUGGCCUUAAUUAGACUGGCAUCUGAUGAGCCCCCUUCCUGUUGUAUUGCUCACUUCUGUGACAGAACGACUCGUGUCCUUUAUCGAGUACGUUUGCUGCAAAACAGCUUAAACGUGAACCCGUUGGACGAAGAGACAUGGGUCCCAGGUAUGGGUGCAAUUCAUGAAAACCUGAACAGACGAUGCCUCCCUCUCUGUGUUGAUCACAUGAAUGAUUUAUACUUGGGAAAAAUCACUCUCCAAGACGUUGACUGUUCUUCUUCUGUAUACGUAGACUGAGACUAUUGCUUGCAUAGUCGGCGAAAUUUGAAAUAAAAUAGGCGAGCCCCUUGUCACGUUCCAGGGUUGAAGUUUUGACUUUCAGGAAGACACUCCAGUGUGCUAGUUUUGCUGAUUUGGAGGGUCUACAUGUUUGCAAAGCAUUAGUUUGUUUGAUGAUGAUGACGACCUUAAUGCGGUUGAUGAAUUUGAUUCAAACGACGAUUCAUUACACUCGAAUGCAAUUAUAUGUUAAUGGCCUUAUUCCUAGUGGAACAUUCUAGGGAGUUCUAAACAUCUCUACAUUCUCCUUAUGAUCAAGAAUUGUGGCUAAAUAUCUAACAUGCAUAAGAUAUUAAAA